ACUUGGAAAACACGCAAAUACCGACUUCCAGUGACCCUAUAUUUAUAAAUAGGAGAUUUAAGUGUAUUAAAUAGCUUUAUAUAAAGGUGUAUCUUCAAUUUUAGCAUUGAGCCCUAAGAAACUGUGCGCAGGAAUACUUACUAUUUGAUGCGCUGUAUCUGUCGCAGCAGUGUCGUCAGUGCAGAGUGGACACACUGACCGCUAAAGCAUCUUUAAGGACUCCAUUCUGGGUUACCAGCAGAGUCAUGAACCGCAUCUGCAUCCCAGCAAAUGAUUUUAAACCCUAAAACAUCAUGAAAAUGAAUACGGACCGCUUCAGCCUCACUGUUGACGAGUAUUUAGCUGAAACGAAUGUCGUCUUUUAUCUCAAUGAUGCAGUCACACAGCUACUUGAACAUAAAGAGGAAUACAGUCAAUUUGGUGUGGUCCGAUAUUUUGCAGAAUAUUUUACUAGUGUGAAGAAUGGGAAUCAUGUACUCUUCAGGGAAUUCAGUUACAUCAAAGCAACACCUCAUAACAGAGAGACCUUCAUCCAUAUCUUCUGGAAAUGCUUCAGACAGAUUGGAAAGAAUGGGGAUCUGUUGGCAAUGUCAGAAUACAGCUCACUUUUACAGCUGUUAUGUCCUGACUUUCCCACUGAGAUGGUACAAAACACAGCCAGGAUUGUCCUGACAGACGAUGCCACUGACUGUCUAAUGUCAUUCUCAGAUUUUAUUUAUUCAUUCCAAAUCCAGUUCUAUUAUGAAGAGUUUGUGGAGAGUGUGUCCAUGAUUUACGAAGACCUGCUGUCGGGGAAGAGCCCAAACACUGUCAUAGUCCCGACCUCCACCUCGGUGGAGCAGUUAUCCAGCGCAGCCAAUGAGGAGCCGGACGCUCAAGAAGGCGUAGACUCCUCCAUCUUUUGUGAAUGUAUAGAGGGACUUUGUGAGAGGUUCAAACACAAGUUUCCCUCCAUUGUUGCUAUUAAGGAGAUAUUAGAGAGCAGUCAGCGAGUGUCUUUCUAUGGCUUCCUGAUGGCCUUGGCCAAACAUGAGGGAGUAAACCAAGACAUCAAUGCUCUUCCCAAUAAAUCGGACCUGCUGAUUGAUCCAGAGAUGGACCAGGAGCUGGAGAGACUCAUAGCUCAAGUCGCCAUCAGCCCGACGUCCAACAACAGCAGCAGCAGCGCUGCGGGACAGAAGGAGACGUCCAAAAAGGCCUCGCCACGCAAGUCCCUGCAUCAACGCAAGAGGAUCGAAAUGGAGAGUGACGGUUCCACGGAGGAGACAGAUUCCUCUGAGAAUUAACACGCACAGACCUGCUUGCUAGCAUCUUUAAGAUUUUUUAGAAAGCAGUUAUGUUGGUUCACUAAUUUGAUUAGACAAGUGACGUUCCAACAGUGCUGAUGCAUCUCUCUGCCUGUCUGUGUUCACUAUUUAGAUUUCCAGUUCUAUGGGCUACACUGGAACCCACUUACUUCCAUUUCUGAAGCCAAAAAAUAAACAAAUUAGCCAUCCA